AUGACCAAAUUAACAAAGCGGCUGGACUUCCACAGGGAGUCAGGUGGACUAGGACUGCUUCGUUCCCACUCACGCGCCAAGGCCGUCGAGACAGCCAAGGCCAAUGAGUCUGCGGCCGAAUCUGAGGACUCAGCCAAAGACAAGAAGCAACAGCGGUCACGAUCAUGGUUUUCCCCUCAUAGGAGAAAAGACUCCGUCGCCUCUACGAUUCUGCGGAGCACCAAGAGCCUUCGCCGCCUAUCAGCAGUUUCAUCCUCCGCCUCAUCACAACCCGCAGUCUCGACACCAACUACACCCUCCUUCUCGCGCGGUAGUUACGAAAGCGAUGCCGCUUUCCAUCACAGGAAGCUUUCCUCUGUUGGAAACAGUGAGAGAAAUGCAACGACAUCAGAACCUGCUCCGACAGACCCGCCUUCAAUUCCUUACCCUCCACACCGACCUGAGCGGCCUGAGGAGGAUCUUUUCGAAGGCACAGUUAUGGAGAAGAGCAGUCCGUCUAGUCACCGCCCCAGUCGGAGCCGCAGCAUACUGCGGCCAUUUUCACCCUUCCCUGGCCCUUCCAUCAGAGACACGCGGCGCCUCAGCCAACAAUCUGAGCACAAGCUGCAGGCAAACACUACGACAGCGGCGGUCACCACCACCAUCGCCGCUGCGGCCAACCAGGUUUCGCAGGAAGCCGACCAGGCGCACGAACCCACAGAUGCAGGCACAAAUGUAGCUUCGUCCAAUGCAUCUGUGUACUCUGAGGCCACACCGGUGCCAGUAAUUCCUGGUCGCCGGUCCAGCUGCAGGGCCACCAGCCAUGGGUCUGUGUCUGGUGUGGCGCGCAAAGCAUCUGUUUCCAGUUCCUUUCACUUUCCUAUUCAUAGAAGACCAAGUCAAGCAACAGCUGACAUAGAGUCACGCAAACAUGUGCGGUCUUCUCGGUGGACCCUUACAGAGAACAUGGCAGAGAUGUUCAAAGCACAACAUUCAAAGACUGAGAAGACUGAGAAAGCUGAGAAAAAGCCUAUGACGCCUGCCCAAAUCGAGGCCAUCUGGAAUGGCCAAGACAAUAGCAAGGCUAAGAACAAACAACAAAAGUCCAAAGAAAGACGGUUGAAAGCGGCAUCAGAUACUUCUGCCAUGAUGCCUCGCCACUUUGGAGGCCCACUUACAGAGCAGGAACAAAGCCCAGUGUUCCGUGACUCUUUCCAGUGGCCAGACAGAGGGGCGUCGCCUGUGCCAAUGAGCAGGGCUGACAUUAAAAUGAGAGCUCUACCAUUCGAAAUCACUGUCCCGCCACCCCACUCGCCAAUUAUCUCUCCGGAAAUCAUCCACGGUGACGUCUCACCGAAGUCUCCCUCAAAGGUUGAUAGGGACAGGAUUCUACCUGGAAAAAUGCUGGUGCCACAGCUAUUACUUCCAGAGACGGAAGAAGCCAUUGUGGAAGACGAUGACGCUUCAUCAACCAGCUCGUUGCCGGUGGUCCCCCCCAAGAAUCCAGCCAGAUUUGUGGCCAGAGCUCCCACAAUGCCACUAUUGCCACCUAUCCCAGAGGGCUUCCGAUCUGCCUCGGAUAGCAACAGGAGCUCAAAGGCAUCUGGCCACCGUCGAAGCCACAGCUGGAACCAUGCCUCAGAAGUAAAAGACGAAACCACUCAAUACAACAGCACCCCUUUCACCAGGACCAGCCCGUCCUUCAGACACGGGCCCAUUGUCCUCAGUGACGCUGGCAGUCGCAACUCAGUGGCAACAGUAGAGGCAGUGGAAGGCGAUCGGGACGUUGAUUGGACGCAGUUCCAAACGGCGAUUCUGGGUGGUGCCGCCGAAGACUUGGAUGGGCUAUUCCCAGAAGAGCCUGUACAGGCAGAUGAAGAGGAGAGUCAUAUGGCUGAAGAGGUGACUACUUGGUUUGAAGGGUUUGGCUUCGAAACUCCCGGCGAGCUUAUCGCCUCAGAGAAGAAGUCGGAGCGAUCAGCACAGCGAGACUCGGCUGGCAGCAUGACAUCCGCUGCAUCAACACCCUCGACAGUACAGACGGAUGCUGAUGCGGAGCUCAAGACCCCUGUGAGCGCCCAAGAGCAACACCACAUCUUUGACACUAUUAAGCAGCUUCGCAACGGCUGUGAGAGCACCUACAGCGCUAGCAUCUAUACGACGGAUAGCAUGGACGGCCCUUGGCCAGCAGCAGCUGAGGGCGAGAUGGAGGGCGAGGGAGCUGGGGGUUCAAAGCAAGCCAUGGGACAUGGCCUGGACGCAUACCUUGGAUUCAAGGUUGAUGACACGUAUUAA